AUGGGGAAGGGGAAGAAGAUGUUAAACAAAUUAACUAAGCAAUUGAAUGGAGAAGACUGGAGUUGGAAUAACCUCAAUACUCUAUGCUGGGCUAUUGGAUCAAUAUCUGGUUCUAUGGUGGAGGAACAGGAGAACAGAUUCUUGGUGAUGGUUAUUCGUGAUUUGCUAAAUCUCUAUGAAAUCACGAAGGGGAAAGACAACAAAGUUGUUAUUGCGAGUAACAUCAUGUAUGUGGUUGGUCAGUACCCAAGAUUUCUCAGGGCUCAUUGGAAGUUUCUGAAGACAGUAGUCAACAAAUUAUAUGAGUUCAUGCAUGAGAUGCAUCCUGGAGUUCAGGAUAUGGCGUGUGAUACAUUCCUGAAAAUUGUUCAGAAAUGCAAGCGCAAGUUUGUGACACAACAGGUUGGUCACAUGAUUCAAGCUGAAUCUGAUAAUACUAAGAGGGAUGAAUACCUAAAGAGAUUGAUGAGCCUUCCUAAUUAG